UUUUAAUCGACUUUACCGAUUUUACCCAUGUUUUUACAUAUUUUUGUGACUAAGCUACUUUAGGUAGAAACUGAAACGUUUUGGUGGCAUGGAUACGUAAAAACGUAAGUUUUUACGUUUUAAUGCUCGAUUUUGACUGCACUGGUGGAGAUGAUACCUAAAGUAAGCUCGAUAGGGUUUUAAGUUGGGUUGUAGGCAAGCUUGUACUUAAUGCUUAUUUUUGGAAUUUGUCAUAAAUGGGUAGGAUGAAUUAGUUACGGACUUCAAAAUUGAAAGAUUUUGACUGUUUCAACAUUGAUUUUGGAAAGUGACCCGUCAUUACCAUUAAUUUAUUAAUGAUUGAUUGAAUGUAUGAAGCUCUAUGAUGUAUGAUUUGAAGAUUGGUAAUGAAUUACGAAAUAAAAGAAUUUAUUCACAAAAGGUAAAAUUUCAAAAUUGAGCAAGUUAGACAAAACUAGUUAGCCCUAUAUAUUUCAUAAUGACAAUCAUGACCUAUUGAUUCGGGUCUAAUUGUACAUGUUUUGCCCCCGUUUUCCUUAGUCGUUUGUGGCAAUUGUGCUCCUAAAAGGGUGGUUUUAUGCUAGGUUUCUCGUGUUUUAGCGUGUUUCAGGAUUUAACAGGUGAAACCAGCCCCGAAGUCGAAAGUUGGACGAAAAGGAGCAAAAACCGGGAGAAGAGGUGAAAAACGGCGAGUUCACAGUUUUCCUUUGAUGUUCACAGUCUUGUAUGACCGUGAAGAAGGCCGUUGGCCGUGAACAUUGAGGCAUCCAGGGCCAAAAUGCAAGUUAUUGACGCUAAUUGAGUUCACGGUCUCUAAGACCGUGAACAAGAGUUGUUGGUCGUGAACCAGUGGAAGCAAAGCGGUGCGUUUUGGCACCCAUCUAGAGUUCACGGACGCGUUUCAGAGUUCACGGCCAUGAACUGAGCUCGUUCACUGUUUAAAAGCUGAGCUGAAAGGAAGAGAGAGGGGGGAUCCCAUUGUGUGAGAAAGCCUUCUUCUGAUUUUUAGAGAGAGAAACACGAACCAAAGAAGAAGGAGGCUAGGGUUUUACUCUAAGGUGGAAUUUGGGAAGAUUCUCCUCAAUAGAAGUUCAGCACAAGGGUCUAGAAGAUUGGAAGCCUCCCUCAAGAUGGUUUCUACCUCUUCUCCUUGUGUUUCUCCCAUUCCUAGCAUGGAGUAGAUUUCUUUUCACUUGGGUGUUGUAAAACCCUAACUAGCUACCAUGUAGUUUCUUUUAUGUGAAUUGAAUGAUUGUCAUUGGGUAUUGUUUAAUUCAAUGAUUGAGGUAUUAUUCAUGUGAUUGUGCAUGUUUGUGCUUAGCAAUCUAAGGAUUGUGCAUGUUUUGUGCUUAGCAUCCUUAGGUUUGUGCAUGUUGGUGCUUAGCAACCCAAGGAUUGUGCAUAAUUGUGCUUAGCAUCCUUAGAUAUUUGUGCAUGUUGGUGCUUAGCAAUCUAAUUAGCCACUUUAACCUAGAUUAGAGAGGAAAAUCCCUCAUCCAAGGGAGACUCAAUCGAGUUGGUUUUCCUUUAGAUUUUCAAGCCACUUAAUUGGGUUAAUUUAGGGCAAACCUCAAUGUUGAAUUAAGCAAAUUGGUUAAGCGCGAUUAAGCUGUCCAACCCUUGAGUUGAGUGAGCGAGUAAGUCAACCACCGAUUGCCUAAACUGAGAGGGCCGAGUGACACGGCCUAUAAUGUAUACCUCGGUUUAGCAAUCGAGAAUGCGGUUCGCGGUUACCUUGCCCUUAACAACCGUUUCAAUUCACAUACCAUGGUAGUAGUUGGGGGAAGCGACAAGGCUUGUUAAUGAUCCGAGCCGAUCCGAACUUUGACAGGGUUCUGGCUCGGCCCGUUAAAAUAUUUUAAAGCUCGAGCUCGUCUCGAUUUCGUCACGAGCUUUAAUAAUCAAGCUCGAGCUCGGCUCGUUUAUGAAAAUGAAAGUUCGAGCUCGAGCCUGAUCCGAGGCUGAAUCAAUCAUCAGAAGAAGAAUUAGGCCAAAAAUUAGGAUACAUUCUGUGAAAAUAAAACUUCCAUCAAAGAGAAGCAAAUGAAAGGCUUUCAUAAAAAUUCUCGUAGAAUCGAGAAUGAAGUUUUCAAAUAAAUCGAUAUUUCUGCUGAAAUCUUCUUGCUCCUAAUUUGUUAUUCUAUUUAUAGGACUAAAUUACUAUUCUCUUCUUCUACAUAAAAGUUUCUUAGAAGUCACAUUAUAAGACAUAUAAGAUAAAAGAUAUUUGAAAUAUCUUUUUUUUAUUAUAGAACACAAGCUCAAGAGCAAUCGAAAGGAUUCUGGAGCAUCUUCCGGUUUAGGCACUGCUCCUCCAAUGAUCCUGGAGCAUCUUCCGGUUUAGGCACUGCUCCUCCAAUGAUCCUGGAGCAUCUUCCGGUUUAGGCACUGCUCCUCCAAUGAUCGUAGUACCAAGAACUUCUUGGCGAGCUCUAAUAUGAUCCGAUUUAUAAAAAAGCAUCUCUUGUAAAAAAAAAAUUAGCAAAAUUAGCAUAAAAGAGAGAGUUUUUUUAAUAGAGUUCUCGGCUCGUCAAAUGAGCCCAAUGACGAACUCGUCAAACCCUAAUCAUCUGUGGCCCCAGCCCCAGUCGCCACUUCUCAAAAUUUCCUCAAAAAUCCUUCCUCCCUGCCUCGCUACCCGUUCCCUUCAGCCGCUAACUCAAUGUUAUGCGCCCUUCGGGGAAUACGACGACAAGACGAAGCGGCGAGGGAAGCUUAGAUCGACGACGGUGGAAGUGCGGCAGCGGCGGUGGCCUGGAGGUCGCUCUUCAUAGCCGACGACUCCGGCGUUGUGUCUGAAAGCCAGACGAGAUCCUCUUUCUCUCGGCCAUGCCUUCCAACGGUUGCUCCUUCAAGAUCAUCACACUUUGGAUUUGGGACUCUGAUGGUGGAGGAUGUCCAUGCUGCCUCUCCCAGCAGCUGAAAGAACCCAGCACUGCCACCUCUCUAAUUCCAAUCGGAUCUGCUCCUUCCUUCCAUUUUCUCUCAGCGAAGGCGAACAACAGACACCACCAAUGAGAAGAGGAGGAGAAGCGGAUUCGUCAAAAUACCCUUUUCUUUGGCAAUUAUUGUUGAAUCGAUCCGAAGCGGCGGUUGUAGAGCAUCAAAGCAGCUUGCUCAUAUGGAUAAGAUCUCUCAUUCGCUUCUCACCAGUCACCUCCACUAGCCUGCUCACCUCAUUUUGAUUUACUUUGUGAUAAAGACAAGAAGAAAGAAGGAAUUGAGAAGAAAGAAAAGACAGAAGAAAGGUCGCAGAAGCAACCAAGCAGUAGGGAGUAGGGAUGGCAACCAAACCCGAACCCACGGGUACCCACCCGACCCAAUCAGGUCAACGCGGGUAAAAUCCGUGUUGACGGGUUUUGGGUUGGGUUUGGGUUUAAACCCGUUCACUAUUCAUCGGGUUGGGUUGGGUUUGGGUUUAGGUAGACCCGACCCGUGGGUACCCGCCCACACAUAUAAUUAAUUUUCUCGGUAUAUUUAAUAUUUUAAACAACUAAUCUUAUUUAUGUUUGUGGAGACAUGUCUAAUUUUUUCUUUCUAAUUGUGUAGAAUGAAGUUUGUGUUAUCGAGUGGAGAAUGAAGAAACUUAAUUGAAAGGAAGAAGCCUUCAAUUAAUAUGUUAUUUAUGGAUAAUUUAUGAUUUAUUUCAAUUUUCUCGAGUUUUCUAGAUUGGUGUUGAACAAUUUGUAUAGUUAAUUUGUGAUUUGUUUGAAUUUUCUAGAAUGGUGUUUUAAAUAUGGAUAAUUUGUAUUGAGAGAUUGAUAUUUGACUUUAAUUUUGAUAGGAACAUGUUAUUGUAAAUUUUUUACGACAAAAACCGGUGGGUACCCAUGAACCCGCGGAUACCCAGCGGGUUGGGUUGGGUUUGAGUUUUUCAAACCCAGUGGGUUUUACCCCGGGUUUUUUACGGAUAAACCCAUGGGUUUGGGUUUGGCAAAACCCGACCCAACCCGACCCAUUGCCAUCCCUAGUAGGGAGAAGGAAGGAGAGAAAAGAGAGAAGAGAGAGUAAAGUUGAUUUUUUUAAGGGUGGUGGAGUGGAGAAAGCAAACCAUUAUACGAGCUUGUUCGCGAGCCUUUGAGCUGAACAUGAAAUGGUUCGAGUUCAGCUUGUUUAAUUGACGAGCUUAUUCGCCAGCCGGCUCAAUUAAGACGAGUCGAGUAUCGAAUGAGUUUUUAUCGAGUUGAACGCCGAGUUGUUCAUGAGUGGCUUGGUUCAUUAACAGCCCUAGAAGCGACACCCGAGUGAUCCUUCUCACAAAGAGAUUUCAAAACCAUUUACCUUUGCCUUAUUUUAUUUUAAUUAGCAAACUUUUCAACCAAAACUCUGUUUCUAGAUAAUGAUUCAAAUGACUGAAGUAGGGGUACACGGACGGGCUCAUGUUGAUAUUUAAACAUACUUAUCCUGUACUGCACCCUGCUAAGGUUUAUACUUGGGACUUAGGUGGGAAUUUAUUGUGGUAUUCGGGACGAGUCACCUAAACUCAGUCUUCACUUCUGCUCCUCCUCACGCAAUGCUCCUUUGAUUCUUUUUUCAAUUCGAUAUCUGAAUUCUUUCGAGAUCUCUGAUGUUGUGAGCUGAAGAAUGUCUUGGGUUUCACUCACUCAUUUGCGCAGCACCAUCCAAUGAUCGUGGUUCCUAUGUGUCAUGUGUGCUAAUAGGCACUAGUAUGAUCCAGGAUCUCAUACAUAGGAGCAAUGCUAAAUUGGCGUUCUGCAGCAAACCGACUGUUUAGAUCCAUUCAAGCAGCUUGGAGGAAUUGGGUUAGGAAAGUGGCAUAGGAAAGUUUCACAUUUCGAGUUUCCUCAUUUUUAGUGAUCCUGACCAUGUGGACACACAUUAAAUAGGCCAGAUUCAAUGGCUUCUUUUCAUGAGAACAGUUCUGAAUCAAGAGAUCAAGGAGUUGAAGCUAGGUGUGACUUCGAGCUCGGAGGAGAAAGAAGUGAGUGGUCAGCCAGUUAAAACUGUGAGAGGAUCAAGCAAGUCCACAACUUUGAGUGAUCCCCUUGUAAUCUUCCUCAUUUCUUCAUCAAAGUGAAAUUCAUGAGAUUUCAACACACUUUCACUUUGAAGAGUCAGAUAUUGGGAGGAAAGAUUCAACUUCUCAACGAAGAACUCUGCUUUGAAGUGGUAUUCUGGGAAGAAAAAAACCGAAUAUUACUCAUUUUCGUUGAUCGCCAUUCACUAUUGCUUAAUUGCCUUUUAGCAAGGCCUCGUUAGUGAAGUACAAUUAAGCUAGCAAGCUGACCGAAAGGGUGAUUAACGUAUGUUGAUGGCAUUGCAUCCCCUCUUGCACGUUACUCAUAUCCUUUGCAAGUUAGCAUGCUACUUGUAUUUUCGAAUUUGUAUCUGAGAUUGUAAGGUAUUAUCAUAUGCCAUCGAAUAUCAUAAAAAAGUUUGGCACAAUUCUCAAAUCCUGAAAUACCUGGAUAGUAGAUAAUCGGUUCAAUAAUAAUAAAGUUGUCAGUAAAUGUAAAAAAAUGAUUACUUUGUAUACAAUUCAAGGAGUAGAUUCCGACUUCAAUAAAACUAAGUUGUCAAACAAAAUUAAUUUAUGGGAUAGAUUUUAAAAAGUAUUUAGUGCUCAUUUCGGCCAACUCUCGAUCAUCUUUCUUUGGCCGAGUAGCCAUUAUGUUUGACUAUGGAUGCAAAUGGAGGGGUGUAAAGUUUGGGGGUAAAUAUCAUUUCCAAUGCAUUUACCUCCAUUUGGUUAAUUUGCAAUAGUAGUAGGGGAGAGCAAGUGAGGGAUACAUUCACUAUUCCCCUUUACCCCAAUUUGGGGAGCAAGAAGAGAGAGAAAGAAGGAGGAAGAGGUGAGUGUGUGAAAUUAAUGUUAAAAUUAUUAUAAUAUUUAUUAGAGCUAAUACCACUACAACACUCAAACUAUCCGGAAAAUGCAACUUGUGUCCUAUUGUUUCCAAUAUUCCAUUCAUGUCAUGAACUAUUAUAUUUUGUGCCAUUUGUAUCCUGCCAAUAUCGUUGACCAUUAAAGAUAACAGCUGACCAAACGGCGGUCAACUUAACAUUGACUUUUGCUUACGUGGCAAUGCCAAGUCAUUGAUACCUCACAUUUUUAAUUUAAAUUAAAUAAAACUUUGAAAAUAAAAAAUUGAAAAAACUUUAAAUUCAAGAAUAUUUUUUAACCUAAAAUUAAUAUUAUUUUUGGGUUAAUACCACUACAACAACCGAACUAUGAGAAAAAUGUCACUUGUGUCCUAUUCUUUUCGAUAUUCCAUUUGUAUCCUAAACUAUUAUUCUGUUAGUGUUGACUGGUGUUGACCGUUAGUAUUUAACAGAAAGUCCAGUCAGCAUCUACGUGGCAUUUGACAUGGAAUUUUUAUAAAAAAAAUUAUAAAAUAAAAACAAAACUCCUAGUUCAGUGUUAUGGGUUCAUCAAUUUUUUCCAUCUCCAUUGACGACCGAACCACAAUCUCUACCCUCGAUAUUGAAAUUCCUAUAGCACCCACCAGAAACUCUCUCCAUAGUUCUUCCGCUUAAUGCCCCCAGCGAGUGAUAAAUCUCCAGAUCGUCACAAGUGGCCAGCCUUCUUAAAGCCAGAUCUGUCCAACAUCGUUGGCGGAGUAGCACCAGGGGCGUAACGGUAGGAUCGAGAUCUGGAGAAAAUCAUGAAGGAGGACAUAAAAAGGGACAGUGCUUUUGCGAAUCCUAACACGCAGUAUACGUCGCUUUUGUCCGCUUCUGGAGCUGGAGAGAGAAAAUGGAAUGCUAUCUAGGGAUGGCAAUGGGUCGGGUUGGGUCGGGUUUUGCCAAACCCAAACCCAUGGGUUUAUCCGUGAAAAAAAACUCGGGGUAAAACCCACUUGGUUUGAAAAACUCAAACCCAACCCAACCCGCUGGGUACCCACGGGUUUUUGUCGUAAAAAAUUUACAAUAACAUGUUCCUAUCAAAAUUAAAGUCAAAUAUCAAUCUCUCAAUACAAAUUAUCCAUAUUUAAAACACUAUUCUAGAAAAUUCAAGCAAAUCACAAAUUAACUAUACAAAUUGUUCAACGCAAUCUAGAAAACUCAAGAAAAUUGAAGUAAAUCAUAAAUUAUCCAUAAAUAACAUAUUAAUUGAAGGCUUCUUCCUUUCAAUUAAGUUUCUUCACUCUCCACUCGAUAACACAAACUUCAUUCUACACAAUUAGAAAGAAAAAAUUAGACAUGUCUCCACAAACAUAAAUAAUAUUAGUUGUUUAAAAUAUUAAAUAUACCGAAAAAAUUAAUUAUAUGUGUGGGCGGGUACCCACGGGUCGGGUUUACCUAAACCCAAACCCAACCCGGUGGUGAACGGGUUUAAACCCAAAACCCGUCAACACGAAUUUUACCCGCGUUAACCGGGUUGGGUCGGGUGGGUACCCGUGGGUUCGGGUUUGGUUGCCAUCCCUAAUGCUAUCGAUACCUUCCUCUUUCUUAUCCUCAUCAAUUCUCCGCGCAGAGAGAUUGAGAACCACCAUCUCACCCGCACGUUGUCCCUGCUCAAAUCUCCGAACCAGAACGAGAAACCCAAAACGUCGACCCUCCUCAAAUAUCCGAAGAAAAUGUGCAUUCAAUCCAACGUUGCUGGUGAGGAGAUCCGCUGCGAGAGAGAGGGAGAAAGAAGGAAGGGACAUCAGAUCCGCCUCUGAUAGUUGUGGGAUUAGGUUCUCUGGUUCAACAGGGACGUAUACGCCGUCUCGAAAUUAUUCUCAUCCUCCACAAUCGCUGCAGAACAAGAGAUCGAUUCAUCCGCCAGAGGGAUAAAUCCAUCCAUCACACUACAAGAUUCGUUCUCUAGAUUGAUAGUCUUAUAUUCCUAGUACCUACUUUCACUUGAUUCGUCGAUUCAAAUUCCUUCUUCGCUCGUCUCCGUCACAAGCUAUUGCCCAGUUGGAGAAAGCUAAGGUCGAAGGAGUGUGAUGUCGUGGCCUGGCCUGUUGUGAUGCAUACAGGGGAAUGGUGAAUACAGGGGAGCGGUUACCAUGUUCAUUUAGAUCGUUCAUUGGAUUGUAGGGUUUUGUGUAAUGGCGGAGUACGAUGGAAGGUUGGGGGAAGAAGAGGUUCCUUCUGUGUAAUUGGGAUCCCAGAUUCAGGCCACCCAAUUUAGUUUGUUUUAUUUUAUUAUUCUCUUAAUUUAAUUUGAAUUAAAAAUAUGAGGAAUCAAUGACGUGGCGCGUAUGUGGCAGCCAUAUUAUUGCCAUGUCAAUAAAAGUCAACUUUACUU